AUGUCUUCAGAAGAAGCCGACAGGCUGAGGCAACGGCGGGAGGAGAUCGAGCGGCGCAAGGCCGAACUCGCCAAGCUUCGCGGGGAGGCCGCCUCCGGAGGAACGGCGGGAGCGAACGGGGGCGAGGCGGCGCCGGCCUCGCUCGACGACAAGAAGUCGGAGCUCGAGCGCAAGAAGGAGGAGCUCCUGCGCCGCAAGGCCGAGCUGGCCGCCCGCAAGGAGCAGGCCGACCGCCUCAAGAAUGCCCUCUCCACCGACGACCUCACCGCCCCGCAGCAGCCCGCAUCAGUGGCGGUGGUGGCCAAUAAGGAGGCAGCAGCCAGCCACUCGCCCGUCUCUUCUCCUCGUUCCGACGCGGCCCCCGCGAGGUCGGGCGCCACCCCCACCACCCCCGGACGCGUACCUCCGCCCCUCGCCGCCACUGCCACUGUGCCACGUGCUGUGGACUCACACCCAACCAACCACCCUACCAACCACCCUACCAACCACCCCUACCAACUGCAGCAGCAGCGUAGCAACCCGGACCUCGAGGCGCUGCGUGCGGAGAAGGAGCGGCUCAUGGAGCUCCUUGGCGCCUCGAGCAAGAGAUGCGCCAGCGCGAGGCACCCACCCCCACCUCCCUCCCUUGACGCCAACGUCGUGGUCCUUUCCGAGGAGGAGAAGGAGGAGAGGCGUGCGCGCCGGCAGCGGGAGAUCGAGGAGAAGCGGUUGCGGGAGGAGGCCGAGAAGGAGGAGCAGUUCCAGCGGGAGCAGGAGGAGCAGCGGCGUCUCGAGGAGGAGAAGCUUGCGUGGCUGGAGAAGCGGCGCGCGGAGCUCGAGGAAGCGCGUGCGCGGGAGGAGGAGGAGCGGCAGCGCAAGUACGAGGAGGAGAUGGCGGCGACGCGUCGCGAGGAGGAGGAGCGGCGGGAGCGUAACCGGCGGCGCAUCGAGGCCAUCAAGGAGGCGCGCGAGCGCGAGGAGGCCGAGAAGGAGGAGCGGCACCGGCAGGAGCAGGAGGAGCAGCGGCGGGCCGAGCAGGAGAAGGGGGAGCGGCGGCGGCGGCGCGCGGAGGAGCUGCAGGCCAAGCGGGAGGCCGAGGAGAGGCUCAAGGAGGAGCAGUUUGCGCAGGAGCAGGAGGAGCGGCGGCGCGAGGAGGCCGAGAAGCGGGUGCGUCGCGAGGAGCGGCUGCGUCGGCUGCAGGAGCUGCGCGAGAAGGAGGAGGAGGAGCGGCAGCGCAUCUUCGAGGACGAGCAGGCCCUGGCGCAGCUCGAGGAGGAGGACCGGCGGGAGCGCAACCGGCGGCGCAUCGAGGCCAUCAAGGAGGCGCGCGAGCGCGAGGAGGCCGAGAAGGAGGAGCGGUACCGGCAGGAGCAGGAGGAGCGCAAGCAGUGGGAGGAGGAGCAGGCCGAGAAGCGCCGGCGCCGCGCGGCCGAGCUCGAGGCCAAGCGCGAGCGCGAGGAGCGCGAGAAGGAGGAGGCCUUCCGCCGGGAGCUCGAGGAGCAGCGCAAGCGCGAGGAGGAGCAGCGCGCCGUGCGCGAGCGCCGCCGCCGGGAGCUCGAGGAGCGGCGGGAGCGCGAGGAGGCCGAGCGGCAGGAGGAGUGGCAGCGCGAGCACGAGGCCACCAAGCGCGAGGAGGAGGAGCGGCGGGAGCGUAACCGGCGGCGCAUCGAGGCCAUCAAGGAGGCGCGCGAGCGCGAGGAGGCCGAGAAGGAGGAGCGGUACCGGCAGGAGCAGGAGCACGCGCGCCGGUCGACGGAGAAGGAGGAGGAGAAGCGGCGGCGGCGGCUGCUCGAGCUGGAGAUGAUUCGCGAGCGCGAGGAGAAGGAGAAGGAGGAGAAGUUCCGCCUCGAGCAGGAGGAGCUCAAGCGGCAGCAGGAGCUGGCCCGCGUCAAGGCCGAGAGCCGCCGCCGCGAGCUCGAACUGCGCCGCGAGCUCGAGGAGAAGGAGAAGGAGGACAAGUUCCGCCUCGAGCAGGAGGAGAAGCGCCGCUGGGAGGAGGAGAAGCGCGAACGCGCCGAGCGCCGCCGCCGCGAGCUCGAGGAGAAGCGCGAACGCGAGGAGCGCGAACGCGAGGAGCAGUUCCGCCGCGAGCAGGAGGAGAAGCGCCGCCUCGACGACGAGGCCCGCGAGCGCGCCGAACGCCGCCGCCGCGAGAUCGAGGAGAAGCGCGAGCUCGAGGAGCGCGAGAAGGAGGCCGCCUUCCGCCGCGAGCAGGAGGAGCUCCGCCGCCUCGAGGAGGAGAAGCGCGAGAAGGCCGAGCGCCGCCGCCGCGAGAUCGAAGAGAUGCGCGAGCGCGAGGAGCAGGAGAAGCACGAGCGCUUCCUCAUCGAGCAGGAGAUGCGCGCCCUCGAGGAGCUCGAGAAGGAGGAGGCCCGCAUCCGCCGCCAGGAGGAGAUCGAGGAGCGCCGCGAGCUCGAGGAACUCGAGAAGCUCAAGCGCGCCCUCGCCGACAAGGAGCGCGAGAAGAAGCUCCUCGAAGAAGACCGACGCCGCAAGGAGGAGGAGAGGAGGAGGGCCGAGGAAGGCGCCAUCCAGCCCCGCGAACCCAUCCUGCCGCUCGACGCGCUGAAGGACAAGCCGCCGGGCACCAACCACGCCGAACUCGAGUCGCACCUGUCCAACCCGGAGUUCGAGAAGGUGUUCAAGAUGAACCGCGCCAAGUUCUACCAGCAGCCCAAGUGGAAGCGCGAGCAGCUCAAGAAGAGCGCUGGUCUCUUCUAG